AUGUCACCUGGGAAAGUUCUGCAACCUGUACUGAAAAUGAAGGUGGAUGAACUCUUUUUGUGCUGGUUGAGUCAGCCUGCAACUCAGCUGACACUAAAGGACUGCUUGAGAAGAAUCAAGAACGAGGAGAAAACGGAUACUGGUAGUGGAGAUUCAGGAAAUGGUAAAAAUGAGAGAUUUGCCAAUAAAAAUUCCAAUUCCAAGCAAUGCGCAUUAGGAGAUACCAGAUUGCCUUUGGUGUCUUUCAAUCCUCCUCAACUUUCUACUACUCUUCCAUUGGCAACUCCAGCUAGCCCAAGGAACAUUUCUAAUGUUAGAGCAACACGUCGAUCCUCAGGAACCAGAGUAGUUCAGACAAAGAAGGAAGACAGUUUGCCACCAUCACUUAGUCAGAACAUUCCAACUUUCUAUUUUCCUCGAGGAUGUCCUAAGGAAAAAGUGAAUAUAGAUGCUGUGAUUGCCAAAAUUGAGAGAACUUUCUCUGAGUUUCCAAAUGAGAGGGCAACGUUAGAAGACAUGGGGAAGGUUGCAAAGGCUUGUGAAUGCCCACUUUACUGGAAAGGUCCUUUGUUUUAUUGUGCUGGAGGUGAACGAACAGGAUAUGUGUCAGUUCAUAAAUUUGUUGCAAUGUGGCGGAAAAUACUUCAGACCUGCUAUGAUGAUGCUGCAAAGUUUGUUCAUCUUUUAAUGAACCCUGGAUGCAACUACUUGGUGCAAGAAGACUUCAUUCCUUUUUUACAAGAUGUGGUGAAUAGUCAUCCUGGCCUAUCAUUUUUAAAAGAAGCAUCUGAAUUUCAUUCUCGGUACAUUACCACAGUUAUACAGAGAAUAUUUUAUACAGUAAAUAGGUCCUGGUCUGGGAAAAUAACUUGUAAUGAGCUCAGGAAAAGCAACUUUCUGCAGAAUGUGGCAUUAUUGGAAGAGGAAGCUGAUAUUAACCAGCUGACGGACUACUUCUCAUAUGAACAUUUUUAUGUUAUCUAUUGCAAAUUUUGGGAGCUGGAUACAGACCAUGACCUCUAUAUUGAUCGGAAGGAUUUAGCUCGACACAAUGAUCAUGCAAUUUCAAAUAGGAUGAUAGAGCGGAUCUUCUCGGGAGCAGUAACAAGAGGUAGAAAAGCACAAAAAGAUGGGAAGAUUAGCUAUGCUGAUUUUGUCUGGUUUUUGAUAUCUGAAGAGGACAAGAAGACACCAACUAGCAUUGAAUACUGGUUUCGCUGCAUGGAUCUCGAUGGUGAUGGUGCUUUGUCUAUGUAUGAAUUGGAGUAUUUUUAUGAAGAACAGUGCCAAAAAUUAGAUAACAUGGCCAUAGAACCUUUGCCAUUUGAAGAUUGUUUGUGCCAGAUGCUGGAUCUCGUGAAGCCACAAUAUGAAGGAAAAAUUACUCUGCAUGAUUUAAAGCAAUGCAAGUUGACAAAUGUGUUUUUUGAUACUUUUUUCAAUAUUGAAAAAUACCUCGACCAUGAACAGAAGGAUCAGUUUUCUAUGUUGCGGGAUGGUGAAGGUGAGAGCCAAGAGGUCUCUGACUGGGAGAAGUAUGCUGCUGAAGAGUAUGAUAUCUUGGUGGCAGAAGAGGCAGCCAGUGACCAGUGGAAUGACGGGUAUGAAGCAGAACUGAAUCCUGUAGACCAUCAGAAGGCCAAUGUCCUAAGGUAUCAAAUGGAAAAAAGACCAUUUUUUGAAAUGCCGUCCCAUCUGGCUGAUGUAGACUUGGAUGAAUAUGACUAUGAAGAGGACUUUGAGUAAUGGCUAUUUAUGGUCAACACUUGCAGAAGAGAAGGGACAGUCUGCAGCAGGUCUGCUACACACACACAUAUACACACACCUUUCUGUAGGUUUUGUUUCCAGGAAGUCAGCUCAGUUUUGCGCUAAGAAUAUUUAAUCACUACACUACCUUUUAAAUAAAAAGUGCAUUUGUAUGGAAUGAUGAAAACUUUUGUAUUUAUUCAAUAGUCUAUAGUUUGUAAAAUAGAUUAAAAUAUUUAUUUACAGAUGUUGCAUAAUUCCUUUUUGGAAGAAUAACAAUAUUUGAUGUUAGAGAAAAGUAAUCUACUGUUUUUAUGAGAACUGUGUAAUUAUCUCCAAGUUGAUGUGUGGUGCACUGACCAUUUCCAUCCCAUAUGUGAACAGGUAUUCC